AUGACCUCGCGCCUUCCGCGGCAGUGCGGGCUGCUAGAUCUCCCACAGGAAGUACUCUUUCAAAUCACAUCUCAUCUCGACAGUCGUUCUGCUACAUCACUUUCCACUGUCUGUCUUCAACUUCAACCAUCAGCUGAAUCUCGAGUAUGGGAAAGUAUCGGCAUAACGCAAAGUGACAUCUUUGGAACCGAUACAACAUCUCGUCUAAGUUCUUUCCAGUCUCCGCCAUUUGGGGAAAAUGAGGUUGAAGAAGAAGAGGAAAAAGAAGAUGAUCUUUCUGACAGUCUCGCUAAAACUCAUUCGAAUAUAUGGGCUCUAAGAUCUCAAUCACUCAUUUUUCAUUUGAAUCACUUGCUUGAGCGACAAAGCUGGAGGAAGGGAUUUGUCAAGAGGUUAGAUUUGCAGUUGCGGCUUGAGAUACCAUUGGAUCUAGCAAAGCUCUUAAAGUCUUUACCCAGUUUGAGGGAAUUUGUAUUAUCGUUUCCUACUGCUUCUUCAAAUACGCUGGCGAAUCAAAGCCUCAGAGAAUUUAUAACCACCUUACAGCUCUUUCAGUCUCUGGAAAAAAGUCCACUUGUCCGACUCAAGAUGCUCAAAGUGACGGUCACCGAUAACUGGAGUCUCACAGUACAGUCCAUGCUCAAAUCAGCUCCUGGUAUUCAAGUACUUCAUAUCGGAAGCCAAAUAGGGGAUAGAGGGUACCACCAAAGACUUGAAGAUGUUCAAGAGAAACUCGGAUCAUUGCCAUGCUUGAAGGUAUUAUCAGUUGAAGAUAUGCAACCUUCCUUCACAAACACUUUGGACGAUGUUGUGAAAGCUGCGCCAUAUCUGAAAGAAGUAUCACUUAGAGAUCAAGUCCUGUCAUGGCGCCCGGAUAAGCAAGACGGUCUGUUGAAAUCUAUGAGUAAACUCAAGGGAUUGAAAGAGUUGGAAACUUCCUCAAGAUGCAUAGAUGCCAUCACUUCACUAGAUGGCUGGACCGAAGUGGAGAGCCUGAUAAUUACGUGGACCGCUGGCAUGCUCAAAGAAAGCGAGAUCAUAGGAAGGAUCAUUCCCCCUUUACCAAGAUUGAGAAGAUAUCAAAUUAACCUAUCGACAUAUGCAUCAUCCCAUCAUGCUUGGCAACACCUCGCCGAGCCUCGUCUGGGUGCUAUGUCAACACUGAUUUCUCGCUUGCCUCUAGACCUUGUCCAUGCGCCAAGUCUGGGAAUCAUCCAGUGUCCAGGCUACGAAACAUCCCAGAACUCAUUGAUGAGCAAUGGUGAUAUCCCCAAGCUUGAUUGGAAAGAUCCGCUAUUCCAAGGGAUAAUCGUUUACUCGUAUGAGAAUGAGAAAGGGGAUGAGUUGGUUCAUUGUCGAUCAAAGGUCCGAUCACAGCUGGAAACGAGGUCACCUUUGGUAGAUAUUUUUGCAGGAUGGGAAGAGCACGGGUAUUAUAACUGGAAACCGAUACCGACAAGAGUACUAGCUGGAGUUUACGGUAUCACGGGAACAAACUUGAAAGAUCAGCCGCCUGGCAGAGGUUUAUGUCUCGCCCAUAAAGGCUGGGAUUUACUGAGUACUUGGGAAAGACAAGACGAGAAAUGGUCUUGA